CCCGAGCCGGGAUGCGUGGGGGCACCCGCAGCAGCUUCCCGCGGCCCGUCUGUGAGUGAGCGGACGUCCGGAGUGGCCAUCGACAGCUCAAAGCGCUCGGCUCUGCGUUCGCUCCGCUCCUCUCCCCGCGCUCCGCGGCACCAUGGGCAUCCAGGGCCUGCUGCAGUUCAUCAGGGAGGCUGCCGAGCCCGCGCACGUGAAGAAGUACAAAGGGCUGACGGUGGCCGUGGACACCUACUGCUGGCUGCACAAAGGCGCCUACGCCUGUGCUGAGAAGCUGGCCCGAGGAGAGCCCACCGAUCUCUAUGUAGCUUUCUGUAUGAAACUUGUUCAUAUGCUCCUCUCAUUUGGAAUUAAACCAAUUUUGGUAUUUGAUGGAUGUACCCUACCCUCUAAGAAGGAAGUGGAAAAGGCACGACGAGAGAGGCGUCAAGCCAGUCUUCUGAAGGGGAAACAAUUGUUGCAGGAAGGGAGACUGUCAGAAGCUAGAGAAUGUUUUGGGCGCAGUGUAAAUAUUACCCAUGCUAUGGCUCAUGAAGUUAUUAAAGCUGCACGAGCCCAGGGAGUUGAUUGUAUUGUUGCUCCUUAUGAAGCUGAUGCUCAGCUGGCUUAUCUUAAUAAGAUUGGCAUGGUCCAGGCUAUAAUUACGGAAGACUCUGAUCUUUUGGCUUUUGGAUGUAAAAAGGUGUUUCUGAAAAUUGACAAGUUUGGAAAUGGACUAGAGAUAGAUCAAGCUCGACUAGGAAACUGCAAGCAGCUUGGAAAUGUAUUUACAGAAGAGAAAUUCCGCUACAUGUGUAUUCUUUCUGGUUGUGACUACCUCCCUUCAAUUCAUGGAAUUGGGUUAGCUAAAGCAUGCAAAUUACUAAAAUUAGCCAACAAUCCAGAUAUUAUAAAGGUUAUUAAGAAAAUGGGGCAGUACUUGAAGAUGAAUAUAACGGUACCAGAAGAAUACAUACAGGGUUUUACACGAGCUAAUAAUACAUUCCUAUAUCAAUUAGUUUUUGAUCCAAUCAACAGAAAAUUAGUUCCUCUGAAUGCAUAUGAAGAUGAUAUUGAUCCAGAAACACUAACUUAUGCAGGACGACAUGUUGGUGAUGAUACUGCUUUUCAAAUUGCUAUUGGCAAUAUUGAUAUCAAUACAAUGGAACAAAUUGAUAAUUAUAACCCUGACACAGCACAGCCUGUGCAGCAGAGAAGUUGUGGCUGGAAUGAUCGACGCGAUAAUCAUGUCAAUAGCAUUUGGUGCAGAGAAUACAAGUAUGGCACCACUGAAGAUCCUGCUCCUCCUAAAAUGCAUUUCCCAGAGAAACCAAUAACCAAAGGCGUGGAGAAAAUAAUUAGUGUUAAAGGACUAAAGCUUGCAGGCAAAGAGCUCUUGGCAAAAAGGCCAAGGAGUGAAUCAGAAGAAGUCUCAGAUGGAGAUCUGUUGAAGCAAUAUUCAUUUUCAAAAACAAAACGAAUCAAGAAGGAGAAUGAUAUUGAUGGUGAAGCACAAAAGAGCGUGUCAGCAAUACAAAGCCUUGAUUCUCCAGGAAUUUCCAUCACUCAAGAAAGCUCUAACACCCUACCCAGAGUUAGAAAUAAAUUUGCUUCCUUUUUGCAAAGAAAAAACAAAGAGCAGGAUGCCGUAAUUGUUCCAGGAACUAGAAGCAGGUUUUUCUGCAAUGAUGUAGUUAUGUUUGAUAGUAGUGCAAAGAAGAAAGAUGGUGAUCCAACUCAAGGUGCUGGGCAGGAUUGCCAGAAACAGGAAGUAAAACAUGUAGCUGAAGAUGUUUCUAGGUUUUCAGGAACUGAAAAAUCAUCACGGACUGUCUUUACACCUCCUGGAGAAAUGGAGAAAAGUUGUUCCCAGUGGUUUAGCAGCCUCAAAAGUAACUCAGGAAAUCUUGCUCCAUCUCGUACUGUAUUUUCACAGCAGUUUCACCAACACAGAAACAACUGCAUUGUAUCCCAGGAAGAUCAGAUUAAUGGGGCAGUGUCUGAUGAAUUGGAGGAAGAGUCCUCCCCCUUAAUAGAACUGGAACAGUCAUCAGAGUCUCAUGGGUCUUUUGAGCCAUCAGAAUGCAGUUUGGAAUCUUCAGAAAUCUUACAAGUGUCCAACAACAGCUCAGGUGCAAAGGAGUCUGAUUCUAGUUCAAAACUGAAUGAUGAUCAAUGUUCUCGGUCUCUGCUGUUUUCUGAUGGUCAAACUAACAAAAAAAAUACAAUCAUAAAGACCAAGGUUCCUGGAUUACAUAAGUCCAGUAAUAUAAGGCCACAUAUGGUAACAAAGCUCAAGCCAUUGAUAAGAGCUAAAGUAAGUGGACUAAGCAGGAAACUGUCACCUGUGCAGAAGAGAAAGGACUGUGAUACUGAAAACAAGCUGGGGCUGCAAUCCACUAUUGGUGAACUCUGGAAAAGCUUCCAAUUUAAAAGGGAGUAUGAAAAACUUCCUUCUUGUAGGAAGUCAGAUCCUUUGUCUCCAAUCAAAGAUAAUAUACAGCUCACUCCAGAAACAGAAGAAGAAAUCUUUAAUCAUCUGGAACAUAGUCAUGUUCAGAGAGCUAUAUUCCAAUGAACUGCAAGCUGUUCAUGAUGGAUGGAUUUUUAAUCAUUGUCAAAAUUUAUCUUCUGGAUACUUCAUCAGUAUAUAAAAGAUGCUUUGAAAACCAGCAAUGUACUUUAGUCUGACUAGUGAUUUAUCUCUUUUAUAAAAGCAUGAAUUCAAAGGUACAGUUCUAUACUGACUGGAAUAAAGUAAUUCAGAGUCUUCUGUUCUCCUAUUCCAAGUCCCCAUGCUCAAUUUUUCUCCAAACACUGGGCAUUUUAUGUAGGUCUCACAUCUGAUCCAAGUUUCUACAAGAGCAGCAAAACAAGUUUGUGUGUUAAUUUCUAAUAAUUAAUCAUUUUUUGCCUUGUUUUUCCUCUUGACUAAUCUGGCUUCAGUACAGGUUUAAAACUGCUCUUAAGUGUGCAUAAUAGUCUGCAGUAUACUUCCAGCACUCUGAUAACUAUUUCUUUUCCCUAUAAGGGAAGAUUUGCUCUCUCAGCAGUUGACUUUGUUUGAUACAGUCAUGUUGGUGGUGGGAAUAACCUGGGGUCUGCAGGAAGGAAUAUCACAAAUAUCUGGUCCCCAAAUUCUCAUAUUAAUAGAAUGCUAUCCAAAAAAAUAUAAUCUAUUCUUCUGUUUAACCUGUUUCACAUUUAUAUUCUUCUCCAACAAAAGACGUCCAAAAUGCCAGUCCUCAGAGGUAGGGUUACAAAAUAGCCUUGUCAUCACAACAGGCCAAACUUCAGUGUUCAACUAAAGAGAGAGAAUGCAGGAGACCAGAGGCCUGUACUCUGUACUUGCUGUACUCAAUUACCAUGAAAUAGUAUAAGAUUUCAGAUUUCUACCUUGCAAAUCAGGAUUUGGGUCACUGUAAAGGUAUGUUUGAAACUUUUCUAUCUUCAGGAAUGGAUAGUAUUUCUGCAGCAGAUGGAGGUACAGAAAGAUAUCUUAACCUGUGAAAUAUGUAUUUUUCCAUUCCUGAGAUUAAUACUUUCCCUCAGCCUUUGAGCUUUUUGCAAGAGUUUCAAGAUUGAAAUUACCUGUGAGAGGCAGAGGUUUUUAGGUUGCAAUGUACUUUUUUUUUCUCUUCAAGAGAAUUUCCUAUCUAUGAAGUUAAAGUGAUCAGCUGAAUUAAAUUACAAAGAAGCUGCUUAAAAGACUAUUAUGCAUACAUUUGUGGGAUCAGCCCUUAUUUUUACAUUGGUGUUGAAGGUGUGGGAUACAAGGAAUUGAAGCAAUGAUGCUCUAGGCCAGGCUUUCUCUCAUAUGUGCGCCACUAGAAAAUCUAUACUGCUGAAAAGCAGGUGUGUAAGGUUGAUCUUCAGUGAGAAUUAUCUCAGGUAUGAUGUUACAAAUGUAGGCCAAAGCUAAAUGUUUGUGUUUCCAGUCACAGAACUAUUGCCUAGGAUGAAUUUUUGUGUUCCUACAAAUAUAAUAAAAAUGAUAGAAUAAGUCUUUGAAGGGAAAACAUAAAAAUAGUUACUUUUCAUCCAUUGCUUAUUUAUUGGUGUGGCAGUUGCACAGGUUAUUUUGUACAGUGCAUCCUUGCCUUUUUCCUGCCCCUUCAAUCAAAGGGCCACUUGUUCCUGCUUUAGUGGAUCAUCAUAAGAGACAAGCUACUUUUUGUGCUAUCAAGAACAGGUGAUUUAAGGGAUUAUCUUAUGUGCAAUCUACGCUGUAUGCUCUUAAAGCUGAUUUCUUAAAAAUACUUUGGUAUAGUUCCUCAUUUGUGUUUUGGAGAUCUUGGGUACUGACCACAUUACAGAGAAUUCUUCUCAGGAAUAGAGGCAUCUGUUACAUUGCAUUUAAAUAUGUACUACAUGUAAGCACAUAAUAGCAUUUAAGUUUUAUACUUUUAAUGUGGACUUACUGAGUUAGUGUUUGCUCUGUGGAAGAUACAAAAACAUAAAUGCAAAUAAGUUGAAGCAAAACUUUAUUCCUGAAUUUAAUAGGGUAGGGUAAUAUUCUAUUGUAAAAACUAUUAAGUAUCAGAAUAGGAAAAAUUAUUACAGGUUAUGAUGGCCUGAGGAGGAUAAAAUAUAACACAAUUAAAAGAAAAAGGAAAAAAGAACAUGGGAGAAGGAGAUUGGUAUUUAAAAGUUGGGUAGUUAAAAAAUAAGUGAGUAGGAGGAAUUGAAAGCAAAUGGCAAGCAGAGGCAUGACUGUGUUGCUUGCUUUAUAAUCUCAUAAAAUACUAAAUAUACCUUUUAAUGUCUAUAACUAAUAUCUCUAAUUUUAUCAGCAGGACUUCAGAAUAUUCUUACAAAAUGGAUAGCAUUGCUAUGCCAUAUUAAAAGAGUAAAUCUGGCCCAGCAAAUCUAAAUUUACUAACAGUGGUCUAAUCAAGCUUCACUUUUGAAAGUGCUGGCUAGCCAUUCCUUCAUCAGAAUUCUCAUAUGACCAUAUUCAGUCUCAUAGAGAGUUAAUGUGAAAGUGUGAUCAUCCAAAUCCAGUCAUGGUUUUGAAACUGUAGGUGACUUGUCCAAAUUCAACUGAGUGUUUCUGCUUCAAACUUUUUAUUCCUUC